CUUAUCAAACCGCUUUAUUAGGCCAAUGUAGUGCUCUAGAAAUUAAUGAGGCGCGUAUGAUUUGAAGUGCUGCACCAAAUAAACAACAGGCAGACAAAGGCCACUCGCAGGCGGAUCGCGCGUUUCAGGGCAGCGUGACCCUCCCAGCCGCCGCCCGCUCCAGGGGAACCGGAGGUGCUGCUCAUGCUGAUGGCUGCGGAGGCCAGCAGGGGUAACGGCGGUAGAGGMAGGCAGGGGCUGGAAAACCACGCCGAGCCCUCCCGGCCUCCCCCUGCCGAUGCCGGUGCCCCUCUGCGGCGAAGGGUGGCGCGGACCACCAYGGCCGGCGAGCUCGGUGCCGCUCCGUGGGGCCGGGCCGGAGCCGCUGGCCCCCCGUUCCCGCCCCGGUUAUGAAACCGCGGGGGAGGGGCCAGUGCCGCCCGCCGGCCGCGGCAGAGCCGGGGGAGCCGAGGCCGCGGAGCGCAGUGGUCAGACAGAAUGGCUCCAGUGAACCAGCCAAAGGACAAGAAGCGUGAGAGGGCAUGUCAGCAUUGGCCGGAAGAGGCAAAAUCAGCUGGGAAGAGGAAACGGGACUAUGAGGAACGAGGGAAUGAGAAACAAGAGAAGAGAUUGUUUGUGAAAAAAACAUCUAAGCCCCCAGGGAAAACUGGUUGGAGUGGAGGUGGGUUUGUGAUGAAAAACAAGAAAGUCCUUUCCUCUAAGCUGGAGAAGCGGUGCAGCAUUGUUCAUUAUGUCUACCAGAAAAUGCUGGGAGGCUCCAUUCAGGCACAGCUCAGGCAGAGACUGCAGCUGGCUUUUCUGCGUUCUCUUUCCUCAUUCUGCCUCUUUCGAAGAGCAAGUCCUUUUGACAGAAGAGUGACAUGCCUGGAAUGGCACCCAACACACCCCAGUACACUAGCUGUUGGUUCCAAAGGUGGAGACAUCAUCCUUUGGGACUGUGAAGUACUUGCUAAAACCUGCUUCAUAAAGGGGAAAGGGCCAGGAGAUUCUCUCGGAGACAUGAAAUUCAGUCCUUAUGAGGCAGAGAAGCUUUAUGUGGCAUCAGGUGAUGGCACCCUAAGUCUGCAGGAUCUUGAGGGCAGAGCCAUGCAGGUGAUCUCUCAUGCCCUGGACUGUGGCCAUGAGCAUCAUAAUGUUUGUUGCUGGUACUGCAGUGUGGAUGUUUCUGCAAACUGCCGUGCAGUGGUGACAGGUGAUAAUGUCGGCAAUGUGGUCCUGCUCAGCACUUCUGGUGAAGAGAUCUGGAAGCUGAAAUUGCACAGGAAGAAAGUGACUCAUGUAGAGUUUAACUCCCAAUGUGAGUGGAUGUUUGCCACAGCAUCUGUGGAUCACACAGUCAAAAUCUGGGACCUCAGAAACAUMAAAAACAAAACAAACUUUCUUCAUGUGCUUCCGCAUGAGAAACCUGUUAAUGCAGCUUACUUCAGCCCAACACAUGGUGCCAAGCUCCUGAGCACUGACCAGCACAAUGAAAUCAGGGUUUACUCAUCUUCAGACUGGACCAAGCCAGAGCAUCUGAUUCCACAUCCACAUAGGCAGUUUCAGCAUCUCACACCUAUUAAGGCAACGUGGCAUCCUCGCUAUGACCUCAUUGUCGUAGGUCGUUACCCAGACCCCAAGUUCCCCGGGUACACACUGAACGAGCUACGAACUGUAGAUGUGUUCGAUGGGAGCACCGGUGAGAUGGUUUGUCAGCUCUACGAUCCAAAUGCUUCUGGGAUCAUCUCGCUCAACAAAUUUAACCCUAUGGGAGACACACUGGCUUCUGGCAUGGGCUUUAAUAUUCUGAUCUGGAACCAGGAGGAGAUGGCGGCCAGGAAGCAUGAACACCUUCUGAAAGCCAUGACAGACAAGGAGAUUGAACCAUGAGAGAACAGGAGAUUGGAAGAUGGAGUUCACCCACAUAUGGAGGGCAGAGGCAGGCAAACCCUGGCAUAGGCAAACUCAAAAACUAAGUUACUGUGUGGGGAGCUGGAGGAGAUGAAAACAAAAAACARUGAUUCUGAAUCCCAGGGAAGAAAGUGAAAAGGGGAGGAUCUAGAGAACUGGUUUAGUAUUUUGAUCCUUUCUGAAUCCCAGGGUAUAAACUCAGUCGUUGGCAAUGGGCAGUAUAAGCCAUGCAGGGAAUUAGACUUUGUCCUUCCUUUCCAUAUCUGAUCUUGCUUCCCUGAUCCUUUUUGCCUCUCCUUUUAGAAAGUUGUGUCAGUACUUGGUUCCUCCAASUGGAGUUACUACUCAUUUUCUGAGGCACUAGGAAAACUUCACAGAUGUUCCGAGAUCCUGCUGAAGUUACUGCUUUCAUAUUUGCUUGUCAUCACUUGUCAGAGGUUACCAUUUCCUGUAGUCUGCAGUGGAGCAACUCAUGACAGGGUCCCCAGCCUGUUCUAGUCCAACCAAGUUGAGAAACCAUUUGCUAACAGGAUUAACAUCCUGAAAAGAUAGAAUSUUCACAGGGGUGAAGUGAUGGAUGGCUUGGGUAGCCUAGGAAACACCAGGCUCUCCUAUGUGCAAGCUUGGAAAAU